AUGGAUGACGAUGACGGGGAUGAAAUUCUCCCAGAAUUGCAUCCUCGGAGGAUGAAUACACGUGCCUUUGGAGGUUACACUCAGUUGACUACGGUGGAGGCACCAAACGGCCUCUGUGAAAAGAAGAGGGCCAAAUUGGUCAUGGAGCAGAGCAAACUUCAGGUCGGCGGCAAUCGAUAUGACAAGAAGAGAACUGGCAAUGUAAGCAUUGCUUGGAAGGUUGACGAGAUGGACAAGGGAGCAGCGUUUCGGAAGCAGAAACUGACCACCACCGAAAACCUCAAAAUGAGGGUUUCGAGUAUGGCCCAGAUGCCUGCCGUGGAAAAGCAACCCGCCCCUAAAGCUACUAAAGUGCCACCGGCCACAAGACAUCUGUGUGACGGCAAUUCCCAUGAUCAAGUGCAACUCGGAGGCAUGCAAAAGUGUCCGUCCAAAGAUGGCUGA